AUGGGAGGAGAUGGUGGUGGUGACUCCGUGAUUCACUUUGUGUUAGUUCAUGGAGCCAGCCACGGUAGUUGGUGUUGGUAUAAACUCAUCACUCUUCUUGUCUCCGCCGGAUUCAAAGCCACCUCCGUCGACCUCACCGGCGCUGGCAUCAACCUCGCCGACCCUAACUCCGUCUUCGACUUCGACCACUAUAACCGUCCUCUCUUCUCUCUCUUAUCCGAUCUCCCUCCUCACCACAAGAUCAUACUCGUGGGACAUAGCGCCGGCGGAGGAAGUAUCACCGCAGCUCUAUGCAAGUUCCCAGACAAAAUCUCCAUGGCUGUUUACCUCGCGGCUGACAUGGUCCAACCCGGAUCCACCUCUUCUUCGAAUAGUUCAAUCAAGUCUGUGGGAGAAGAAGACAUAUGGGAGAUAACAUACGGUGAAGGCCCUGAUAAGCCACCCACUGGCGUGCUCAUGAAGGAGGAGUUUAGACACCAACAUUACUAUAGCCAAAGCCCUCUUGAGGAUGUAACUUUGGCAUCUAAGCUGUUGCGACCUGCUCCGGUAAGGGCUUUGCUAGGUGUUGAUAAGCUGCCUCCAAACCCUAAAGCAGAGCAAGUUCCUAGAGUUUACAUCAAGACUGGUAAAGAUAAUAUAGUCAGUUCUCUGCGUCAAGAUCGUUUUGUGGAGAAGGGGCCACCUUCUCAGUUCUAUACCUUGGAGGAGAGUGACCAUUGUCCUUUCUUCUCUGUCCCGACAACCUUAUCCGCUUAUCUUCUUCGUGCUGUAUCUUUUCUCAAACUAUAACUUAGAGCUUCAUUUUGGGUUUGACCGUGUCUAAUUGUCUCACUACGCUCUAUCAAAGCGUUACUACAUGUGAA